AUGGAACUGUACACAGAAGAUUCACCUUUAUACCGUAAUCUAAACAAAGCAUUGCGUAGUAACAGUAUAAAUUCUAUAUAUGCUUGUCGAACCGUUAUUUGUGAUUUACAUUCGCACCUUCGUAAUCAACAGCAGCAACAUAAAAAUUCAUCUGAUUGUCGUUGCUUCUAUCGCGGUCAAUUUGUAGAUAUCGAGGAAAUUGAGCAGUGGAGAAAUAAUAUUGGGUGUGCUUUCUGCAUUAAAUCAUUUUGGUCGGUAAGUCGAAAAAAAUCUAUUGCUAAAAUCUUUGCUGGAGAUGGUCAGUGGUCUCAUGAUUCACGUAUACAAUCAGUUAUUUUCGUAAUAAAAGUCAAUAAACAACUCAUACAUGCUAUACACGCCGACAGUACUGUGGAGUCCGAAGAAGAAGAACAUGUGUUUUCUUCACGUUCACUCUUUCGUGUUGACAAAGUCAAACAAAUUCGCUCAGUUUGGUGCGUUCAUUUAACAUUAAUCGAUCAAAAUGAUGAGCAAGUUCGUUUGAUUAUUGAACCGUACAAAAAUAUACUGGGCGAAUAUUUUUUAUAUACUCACGAAGAUGAACAAUCCGCACUAGAACAACUACAUAGAAACCAUUUUCGUCCUUAUGCAUUCCGACUUUUACUCCAUUUCAUUCUACGUUUAGACCGUAAUGAUUAUGCUCUUGCAGAAUUUCUCGAUUAUUUUCGAACAUAUUGUGAGAAGCGAGAUAAAAUUAACGCUUUCGAUGGUUUCAGGAGUCUGUAUUUCGAUUCUGAUCGAGAUUUUAUUCUUUUUGAACGCGGCAUGUACACACAUAACGCAGUAUCUGCUGCAAUGAAAAAUGGCGAUAUAGAUGCGUUGUUUAAAAUGCGCUACUUCAUUCGUGGUCUUUUCAAUGGACUUGAACAAACAGAUGAUGACGAAGAGGACGAUAGUAGUGAAGAAAACUCUGACGAAGAUCCUCUGAGAACUUUUUAUCGAGGCCAGAUUAUGUCUCGAUUUGCAUUUAACAAAUUUCAAAAAAAUAAAACGAGGCAAAUAACGUUCAGCAAAUUUUUAUGGACAACGACGGAUUACGAUACCGCAGUUUACAAUGCUGGUGAAUUUGAUCGAACAUCUUGCAAUCAGAUUCCAGUAAUUUUCAAAAUAACUGUCGAUACUAAUCUUUCGUAUCCAACAUCAUUUCGACAAGUUGAACGAGCCUCUCUCUUUCCAUUGAAUGAUGAUAUUGUUUUUCCGCCUAACUGUGUUUUCGACAUCGUUACAAUCGAGAAAUGCUCUAAAAUAUGGAUUAUUCACUUGAGUUUGAGCACGCAAGAAAACGAUGAAAAAUGGAAAAUGUUAUCUGAACAUGUAUAA